AUUGGAGGAAGUUUAGAUGUCGGAGCGUCUCUGAGCAGAUGGGUCAAAGAACAUGUGAAACAGGAAGGAUGGUGUGGGUAUUCGUUCGCAUGUGCGAGUGUGAUUUUGACUCUGUGGUCUGGGGCGAUGUAUAAACUCACACAGAGAUACUCGAGUUCCUCCACUGCUGAGUGAAAAGACAACAGCGCGCCGGACGUUCAGACUGCAGGCCCUGUCCAGGUCACUUGCGGGGAUGAAUCGGCGGCAGGUUUCUGUGAAGGAUCUCGGCGUGUUGGACUGUGAGGGCUGGCUUCACCGCAGGAAGGCGGGCCGCAGCUUCCUGGGGAGCAAAUGGAAGAGAUACUGGUUUGUCCUGAAGAAGAGUUCUCUGUACUGGUACAAAGACCAGAUGGCAGAGAAAGCAGAAGGAUUCAUCAACCUCUCCGGCUUCUCCGUCGAACAGGCCAAACAUUGCAGGAGGAAACAUGCGAUAACAGCGAGUCAUCCUCUGGUGGUGAACAUUUUCAUCGCUGCGGAGAGCUUCACCGACAUGAACAGGUGGAUCAGAAAACUGUCGGAGGCGGCCGAGCCGUGUGAACUGAUCCACGCUGAAGAGUGCUACAGUGAGGGCAGCGAUCAGGACUGUGAUGAUCUCGUUUCCUGUCCUCGACAGCCCGAUCCAGAAACAUCUGAAGACACUCCUCUCCUCUACGAGUCCCUGCAGAGUGACCACAGAAGAAGAAGUACCUCCGAGGUGGCGGGUUUGAGUAGAAACAGAAGAAGAAGAAAAGCCUCGGAGGGCUCUGAGCGUCUCUCCUGGUUAGAUCUCCCCGGGCCGGAUGGAGACAGCACAGGAGCGUCCCUCCCUCCUGUCGGCACGGGAGCGUCCCUCCCUCCUGUGCACGCUGAACGAGAGGAGGAUGUCCCAGACCAGCCGGCUCCGGAUGAGAUGGAGAGCCUUUACGUCCACCUGAAGGCGGCCAGCUUGUCUCUGAUUGGACGGUCCGGUCAGAGGGACUUCAGGGCGUCGUUUGCCAGACGAUGUAAGAACGACAAAGUCAACGAGAAGCUUCACCUGCUCAGGAUCCUCAGCAGCACGUUAAAGGCGAAACAGUCGGAGCUGCUGGCGGUGGAGCAGAUCCUGACCGACCCGACUCUCACCCCGCCAACGUACAGAAAGUGGAGGAUCUCCAACUCCGUCUUACUGCAGGAGAUCAGGCAAAGAAACCAGGCAGCAGGGGGCGCCGUGGAGCGGAGACCUCCUGAUCAGCGCUCUGUGACCUGAUGACAAGAGGUGCAGUCAGUGGAGACUGCAGACCAGCAAAGAGCAAGACCGCGUUUGGCGGGUCCUCCACGAGAUUUGGAAUACCCUCCCAUCAGAAAUAAAAAUCAUGAACUGACUCCAAAGCUUUGGUUAACAAGGCGCAACUAUAUGGAGAUAGAAUUGUCUCAUACAUAUCCAAAUGAUGUGUAGAAAUAUACAAAUAUAAAAACGUGACACACAAAUAAAUAAGCUAAUUUGAAUAAAUAAACGUGCAUUUGUAAAUCUAUUUUCGAGAUUUGAGAAUAAAUAUUCUCGACUUUGUGUGUGGAUUCUGCAUUUGUGGUUCGCUUUUGGGCUUUUCUCUCGAUGACGUAAUUUUGAGACAUUCUUACCACACACACGCCCCUCCACCUGAACAACCAGUAGAUGGCAGCGUUGUGCAGCCACCGCUGGUUAUGGUUAUGGUUAGGUAUUUGGCAGACGCUUUUAUCCAAAUGUACCGUCUGUGACUGCUGCAGGAUCAACAACAUGGAAGCGAACAGUGGACUAACUGGAUGGCUAAGUAAUAAUUAGUGAUAACUGUUUCUUGUGGAUUGUAGUGCCAUUUUUUUUAAUCUACUAGACAGUAUACAUGAGUCCACUUACAGAUAUCACUGUCAGAUGUUACUGGUGUUGACAUGCUAGCAGCUAGUUCUAAGUCCCCUGUCCCUAGAAAACAAAACAGAUCAAGACACCUAGCACCUAUAGUGUGUCUGGAUUAAGCCACAGUCAAUUCAAGAUUUACUUAGCUAGUCUAUUAGCUGUUUUUUAUUUUAUAUUUGAUUUGUUAGUAGGCUACUAAAGACAUACAACAGUCUGAUGCAAAAUAUUUUUAUAGAUAAUUCACACAGGGAAAUAGAGAAUAAAGACUUGAUGGUGAGUACAAAAAACAGAGGGUUUAUGGAAUCUCAAUGUAAUAAUAACUUUAUAUUGAGUUUUUGGUAAACCCAAUUUAAAACACUAAUCCAGUCAGUCUAGAUUUUGUGUAGUACUAAACUAAACCCACAUGUAAUGGUGUGAAAAAUAACUGACAGAGGAGCAAAA